CUGUUUCGGAUUAAAAAGGUAAUCAACCGGACCACAGGGCCAAAAGGAGCCGUCAAAAACGGAGACAAGCAUUAACACACACAGGCGUAUUAGUUUCAACAGCACGUUCAAAGUGAAGGUCAACGUCACAACGGCAACGAACGCAGCUGGAAACAGAAACAAAACCACCAAAAACAUCAAGAUCAGCUGCCAAAGUUGCUUUUGACCCACACACAAUGUCGCUUUACGCUGUCUUCCUCCCCGCUUGUGCCCCUGGUCCCGGCCAGCGGCUGGUGCUUACAUUCAUAUUGGGACUACUGAUCCUGGUGGCCUGUGUCCUCAGUACAGAAACCUCCAUGCCCACGCAGAACAUGUCCAACAAGGAGAGGGCUGAAUUGAGGGAGGAAGCCCGAGAUAUGUUCUACCAUGCAUAUCGUGCCUAUAUGGAGAACGCAUAUCCAGCCGAUGAGCUAAUGCCACUGUCCUGUAAAGGACGUUAUCGAGGAGUAACGCCUUCGCGUGGCGACAUGGACGACAUUCUCGGAAACUUCUCCAUGACCCUAGUGGAUUCUUUGGACACCCUUGUUCUAUUGGGCGACUUUGAGGAGUUCGAACAUGCCGUAAAGCUGGUCAUUCGGGACGUACAGUUCGAUAACGACAUCAUUGUGUCGGUUUUCGAGACAAAUAUCCGCAUGGUGGGUGGCCUGUUGUCUGCCCACAUUCUGGCCGAGUAUUUGCAGAAGAAUGCCGACACCAUGCACUGGUAUAAGGGCGAGCUCUUGGAAAUGUCCCGAGAGCUGGGCUACCGCCUCCUCCCAGCGUUCAACACGUCCACGGGAAUACCCCAUGCCCGAGUCAACCUACGACUCGGUAUGAAGGACCCGCAGCUGAAGAAGUCUCGGGAGACGUGUACUGCGUGUGCGGGGACCAUCCUUUUAGAGUUCGCCGCUCUUUCCCGACUCACGGGCGAUCCUAUUUUUGAGGUGCGGGCUCACGCUGCCAUGGAUGCGUUGUGGAAACUGCGGCACCGCGGCUCGGACCUGAUGGGCACCGUGCUCAACGUCCAUUCUGGCGACUGGGUGCGUCGCGACUCUGGAGUCGGGGCAGGAAUCGAUAGCUACUAUGAGUACCUCUUCAAGUCGUAUGUCCUCCUCGGCGACGACAAGUACUUAGCCCGAUUCAACCGGCACUAUAAUGCCGUGAUGAAGUACGUCAGCGAGGGACCCAUGUUGCUGGAUGUGCUCAUGCAUCGCCCACAUGCCAAAUCCAAGAACUUUAUGGAUUCGCUGUUGGCCUUCUGGCCAGGCUUGCAAGUCCUUUCCGGGGACCUAAAGCCUGCGGUUCAGACCCACGAAAUGUUGUAUCAAGUUAUGCAGAUGCACACAUUUAUUCCUGAAGCCUUUACCGUGGACUUCCAAAUCCACUGGGGCCAGCAUCCAUUACGACCCGAGUUCAUCGAGUCUACAUACUUCCUGUACCGAGCCACCGGAGACCAUCACUAUCUUCAGGUCGGCAAACGUGCCCUAAAAACACUCCAGCAGCAUGCAAAGGUCUCUUGUGGAUAUGCAGCCGUCAAUGAUGUUCGCACCGGAAAGCACGAGGAUCGAAUGGAUUCGUUUGUCCUUUCCGAAACAAUCAAGUACCUGUUUCUGCUCUUCUCCGAUCCCCACGAUUUGAUAAUCAACAUUGACGAGUUUGUCUUCACAACCGAGGCACACCUGCUGCCCCUUUCGAUUGCCCAAUUGGGGAAUGCAACCUUUAGCUUUCGCCAAACAGAAGAGCACAACGUACUCGACUUCAUGCGCACCUGCCCCAGUUCCAAUAAGCUUUUUCCUGAGAAAGUACGCAAACCACUGCGCAACUUCAUUACGGGCUCGUGCCCGCGCACCAGCGGCGGAAAGCGACUCAGUGCCCUGGAUUUUCAGGCAAGCAACGCGGAUCAUCUGCGAGCUGUUUACGACAUGGGCAUCACCAUGGUUUCGGUAGGCGACCGCAGCCAAGGCAAGGUGCGACUGUUUCAUAGUUUCUAUAAUGCCAAGAGCCACGAGGAAGGCGAAAUGGGAUUGCAGUUCAUGCAGGAAAUGCUCGAACUGACCAAGAUGCAGAGCAUGAACCAGCUGGCGGCCUUACAGGCUGUGGCUUUCACUACGGAUGAAAAGGGCCAGGACUGGGCCGCCCUGAUGGCCGGACCAUCGCACUUUAGCCCGGAGCUAAUUGGCGAUCAGUUUGUGGAGGGCGACGUUGUGUUGUCCAAGCCGCUGCGCGCCUGCGACGACAGGCUGGACAACGCGGCAGAGGCAAAGGGUAAGGUGCUGGUCGCCGAACGCGGCGAUUGCACUUUUGUGAGUAAGGCGCGUCUGGCUCAGAAAUCGGGCGCAGCGGCGCUUAUUGUCUGUGAUAACGUCCCGGGAUCUUCCGGGGAGACACAGCCUAUGUUUGCUAUGUCCGGUGACGGGAAUGACGAUGUCAACAUUCCGGUCGUGUUUAUGUACAGUGUAGAGUUUGGAAAACUGUCGGCAAUAAUGAAGAGAAGAAAGCAUCCGCUCAGCGUUCGCAUCAUGCAGAUGGUGGAGUUUAAGCGCUGGCAGCUGGCAAAGGAGCAGCGAAAGAACGAGACGGCGACCACCUCAAGCCAAAAGCCGGAAAAGGAGUUGUAGUGCUUGCUGCUACCUACCCGCCCCCAGCUUCAGCGCCAGCCACUGUUCCUGCGAUGGGGCAACUCGUACUCUUAAGUAGUGUCCGCCAAAGUAGAUAUCUUUUUUCAGGAUUCAUGGAAGAGCAACUAAAUUUGAAAUUCUUGUACUUUACUAGACAUGUAAGACUUUCUUAACUCAUCCGAAAUCCGAGGGAAAUUGGGGAGAGACGUAAUGCUACCCAAUC